AUGGCCGGAGACAAACAAGAUGCUAGGGGUGCCUCAGAACAGGUCCGAAACAUCCAGAAAUAUCGAGCUGCAGCCACUAAAGACGACGUGACCGCUCCGUCUUCGCUAUCGUCCACAUCCUCCACCGCCGAACCCAAGAUGCCUGGGCGUGCCGAAUGCAGUUCGCCCAAAUGGGACAUCAAAGCCGAAGAACGUCAUGACGAACCUCGCUCUGCAGACGCAGCCUUGGACGAGCCCGCAGAGACUCGGAAGGAGGCUCCUCAAGAGGCCGACCCUUUACCUUGCGGAGAGCUGCCAUCCUCAACCUGCGAACAUUGGUGCCUCGGAGACCAUGACCCUGAAGACUCGAUUGUCAUUCCUCCUUGCAUAAGCGAAGACGAAGUUGACGCACUUGUGGGUGCCAUUCCUCACCCGCCAGUGACCAAGGAAACAUUAGAAGAGCUCGAGCUGGUUUACAUACAGUCGAAUAUCAACCUCCGCAUCGAUAUCAAUUUCGAUCAUGAUCUCCACUUCACCCCCAUUUCUGGGGAGAAGGGGGAGCUAAAGAAGAAGCAGGCGAGAAGAUACUGGAAUAGUCUGGAGACUGAAUUGAAGAUAGUCUACCAACAUGAGCCGCUGGGCUCGUGUUCCGAGUGUGAUAGGAAGCGCUCUUUGCGCUCUGCUAAGCCAGUAUUAUUCAAGCGAAGGUUGCCUGUCUUGUUCCGGAAGUUGAAAGAGUUGCUCAUCAUUCUGAUCCCGGACAGGGACCAGUAUCAGAUCAGUCAGUAUCUUGACGUGCCUCUGCUCCUGCAAGAGGUGUCCCAUGGGCUCUUAGACAUUGUGCGCUUGGCUCGAUGGCUUGAUGGGCUCCUCACGAGUCACUGCGCGCCGAUGAGAGAUGUCUAUGCACAUGAGAUGGCUGAACAAAUAGGAAAGGGUGCAGAGACUGGGGACUUACACGCUCUUGUCAUCGGCAUUGAAAAGCUGUUUCAGUUUCUGGAGGCAAUGAAGCUCGACGUCGCUAAUCAUCAGAUCCGAAGCUUUCGUUACCUCUUGAUCGAUGAUACCGUCACUUUUCAGCAAGAUUAUUUCAGGUCGCGUAUCAGAGACGGGGAACUCAAGAGCGAAGAGUCACGAGCAUGGUACUGUGAUGCUCUUGAAAAACACCGACAAUGUCAACUUGAUAGCAAAAGCACAAGAAUACCUCCGACCGCUGCGCUGGUGCAUGGGUUGCUUGAACUCUGCCGCUGCCACGAUCUGGAGGUUCCAGCAACCCUUGCAUACGAUCACAAGCGCCUGAAGGAAAUCCGGAUGGACUUUCAAGACAUGAUCCAUCUCGACAUAUGUCUAUCAGUCUUUGAUCAGCUGCUCCGUGAACUGCUAGGUCAAGAUCCAGACUCGUCCUGGCAAGGUGUCUUGCAGACCCGCGUAUCGGAGAUGCACACGCUCCUACGGAACAGAAUCAUGGAUCUCACCGAUGGCGACCUUGACGGAACUCCCAUGGAAGAAAUCUGGUUGCGACAUGCCGGCGCAGUGGCUCUUGAGCUGACACGUGCUGCGUUCCUCAUCUGGCCGGGUUCCACGUUUCUCAUACCCGACUCCAUAGUCAUCAAGACGACUGCAAGAUUGAUUGCACAGUUUGAGGGAGAACAUCAAAACCAACAUCAUGCAAGCACAAUCCUACGUGUGCUCGAAGGGGCGACAAACGAUCAAAUGAACAAAUUUCAGAACAUGACCAUAUUGGCCAUCUCGCAAGCGCAGAAGCAGUGGCAACAAGUUCGAGCCUCGAGGCAACAAUGGCGCUCCCUCCCCGAGACUGACGAUAUUGCAAGAAGAGUGGCACAUAUUGCAACGGUGCAUUGGCGAGUUUGGGCGGACCUUGUUUAUCUGGAGUCUUCAGACGGACGCGAAGAUUGGGUUGAUGAGACCGACAGCGAUUUCGACCAAGGGGAUCAGCAUAUCAUGGGCAGUCCGAUGGGUUUUGUACAACAACCUUAUUUUGAAGAAGAAGAGAUAGGGGAAGAGGAACAAGAAGGAGAAGAAGAUGAUGAUACCCCUUUCCAUUCGUCGUGA